GUAUAUCAAUACAUGCAUGAAACCAUAAAUGUUAGUGGCUGCCCCGAAUUCCGUGCCAGGGCUACUGCCAAGGCUACAGUUGCUGCAUUUGCAGCUAGUGAAGGGCAUUCUCACCCCCGAGUGGUAGAACUGCCAAAGACGGAUGAAGGCCUUGGCUUUAACGUAAUGGGAGGAAAAGAACAAAAUUCUCCUAUUUAUAUUUCUCGCAUAAUUCCUGGAGGAGUAGCUGAGAAGCAUGGAGGACUCAAACGGGGAGACCAGCUGCUUUCUGUUAAUGGAGUGAGUGUGGAAGGAGAACAUCAUGAGAAAGCAGUGGAACUUCUGAAGGCUGCUAAAGACAGUGUGAAGUUGGUGGUGCGUUACACUCCCAAAGUUUUAGAUGAGAUGGAAGCUCGCUUUGAAAAACUGAGGACAGCUCGGCGCAGACAACAGCAACAGUUGUUAAUUCAGCAGCAACAGCAGCAGCAAAAUGCACAGCAGAAUCAUAUGUCAUAGAUGGCUAUCAAGAAAGACUUUCUAAACCAAGAAUGUAACAACUUAAUAGCAAAGCUCUGCUUUGUAUUCCAACUUUACAAUAAAGAGCAACAGCAACUGUGUUCACCAGCAAAUUGUGCAAAAUUACAAUAAGAACAGUUUGGGAAGUCAGCAGCAUAAUAAACUCUUCAUGUGAUUUUUCCCAG